UUGAGCUAACCGCGCUGCUCGGGAGCUGCCGGGGAUGUUGAAUGAAAUACGACACGCGAGGUAAACUUCACCACCGGUUGUCGUUUUCAGAUUAAAACGUAAACGCUAAGAGCAUUAAUCACGUCCGAUUUAGUGCAUUAAAGCUGCCCGCGAAUACACACCCUGCUGCCAGGGAGACUAAUGCUAACUAGCUUUGGGGCUAACCGACCGAGUAUCAGGCGGCUAAAGCUAAGCUAACGCAUCCGAAGUGCCUGUGGUGGCUCUUUUGACCUCGAGCGGGAAGUCAGACCGUGACGUGUUCUGUGUUGACGUCACCCACGCGCUGAAGAGCGUAUGUCACGUAAAUGGAGCCUCUCAGCUGCUGGUUACCUUAACGACCUUCAUUCAACCGGGAGCACCGCAGAGGACAGGAGAGGAGGAAGGAGGGAAGGUGACUGCUUGUAAGGUCUGCAGAGAGACUGGAGGAGCCACAGAAAGGCAUAGAUGCUGACGAUGGGCGACGUGGCGAAAGGCAAGAAGGUGUUUGUGCAGAAGUGCGCGCAGUGCCACACGGUCGAGGAGGGGGGCAAGCACAAGGUGGGGCCCAACCUCUGGGGCCUGUUCGGCCGCAAGACGGGCCAGGCGGACGGCUACUCGUACACGGACGCCAACAAGAGCAAAGGAAUCGUGUGGGGCGAGGACACCUUGAUGGUGUACCUGGAGAACCCCAAGAAGUACAUCCCGGGCACCAAGAUGAUCUUCGCCGGCAUCAAGAAGAAGGGCGAGCGCCAGGACCUGAUAGCGUACCUCAAAUCGGCCACAUCGUGAAGUGCGCGUCGGCGUGUUUAACCUUUUAUUUGUGUUUUACUCAUUCAAAUUCACGCGCUUCAAAAGGUCACGUGUUGCGUCAUGUGACCAGAUGCCGACGAGAGGGAGAGACGAUGGCUCUCGUGCAUGUGGCCAAAACGAUAUUUGGAAAAUAAAAAAAAAUAUACUCAUUUCA